CCAGACGGCCACGAUCACACCGACCACUCCACUCGCCUCUAUUGAUUGCCCAAUCACCUGGCCGUGCAAGUACGCCUCAUGCUCCAACAACUCUGUCUGUCUGGACGCAAGCGGCAGCAAGCGAGCCACCUGCAAGUGCGACGAGGGUUAUAUUGCCGUCAACGGCACCUGCCGAGACAAGUGCAGUCUGCUGUGCCCGGCCAACGCAUAUUGCGUCAGGGACGCGGUCGGGGAGCCACAAUGCUACUGCAACAAGGGAUUCGAUAUGAACCCUGCGGACAGUACCUGUGUUGACAAGUGUGCAUCAGUAAAGUGUGCGCUCAACAAGACGUGCACCAAGGAUGCGGACGGGACUCCAAUCUGUACCUGCAGCACCGGCUUUAAGCUGGCGCCCGACAGCACCACUUGCAUUG